GGUCAUAAGAGCCCCUCUUCCUGGUUUGUGUUCUUUCUGGCUGCUCUGACGACCGGCCUGCAAAGAUGCAGAUAUUUGUGAAGACGUUGACGGGGAAAACCAUCACCCUCGAGGUGGAACCCAGCGACACCAUCGAAAAUGUCAAGGCAAAGAUUCAGGAUAAGGAAGGAAUCCCUCCAGAUCAGCAGCGCUUGAUCUUUGCUGGCAAGCAGCUUGAAGAUGGCCGUACAUUGUCAGACUACAAUAUUCAGAAAGAGUCGACUCUUCACUUGGUACUGCGUCUGCGUGGCGGAAUCAUCGAGCCAUCUCUCAGACAGCUGGCCCAGAAGUACAACUGCGACAAGAUGAUCUGCCGAAAGUGUUACGCUCGCCUUCACCCGCGCGCUGUCAACUGCCGGAAGAAGAAGUGUGGGCACACCAAUAACCUUCGGCCCAAGAAGAAGCUGAAGUAAAAAGUGGAAUUGAUGUAAAACUGUACAGAAACACUCAAUAAAUGUGAGUAAAACGA